AUGUCAUCAUCGGUCAAUUUACAGCCGAUUUCGAGUUCAAUACGGGUAUUUCCGUUGCGUUUAUCACCUAAUAUGGACGUUCUAUCAAAUAUAAGAAAUUUUAUCAACGAAAAUUCAUUGCAAUCUGUAUUUAUUAUGACCUGUGUCGGAAGUGUAAAAUCUUGUCGAUUACGUAUGGCAAAUUCAAUUGAUGUAAUAAAUUUGAAGACACCACAUGAAAUUGUUAGCUUAGUGGGAACAUUUGAUAGUGAAGCUGAACACAUACAUGGCUCAUUUUCAGAUCAAACUGGAAGAGUUAUAGGUGGUCAUGUUAUGGCUGAUAGCCCAAUGAUUGUUUAUACGACUGUUGAAAUUGUUUUAGCCGAAUGUGAGAAUGUAGUAUUUUCGAGAGAAAUGGACAAUGAAAGUGGCUAUCCUGAAUUGAUACAUCCUACGAUGACAUCAACAGAGAACGCUCCAACACCAAAUAACGAUCCUGGAUCGUUUUCUUCAUUUCGUUCUACAAAUGAUCAUGAUACACCUAGUCAAAAUCAUUCAUUUGACUCGACACCACCUAUACAUUCAUCUCAUCAUCAGAAAUUUAUUCAUUAUCAAAAUACACAAUCAUUAGAAGCAUCACCAUCCAUCGUUCGGAAUCCUUCACCACCACCCAUUGAUAAUCUCAGUCGUGCUGAUAUGGUCGGUGACGAAAUGUAUUCGAAAUCAUGGUUUUGUCAAGUUUUACUUAAAUUAAUUAAAUUUGUUGCACCACAGCAAAUUCACGAGGAAGCAUUUUCAACUAUUCGUCAACAGGGUGAUGAUUUUCUGUCAACGCAUUCUAAUAAAAUACAAGAACUAGAUGAAACAUUUGAAUCUGAACUAUGUGAAUUAUGGGAUGUAAGCAUGAGUGCUGAUGUAGCGCAUCUAUUAAUUGAAUUCAAUUCACUUGAUUUAUUCAAUGUCGUACUAAUCGAAUGUAAAGAUAAACGUUGUACAGAAAUUGUACUUGGUAUUCUAUCAAAUAUGGCUUGUUGUAAACGAAAUCUUAACCAAGACGAACAAAGUGUGAGCGUAGCUCGAUGCAUAAUUCAACAUACAAAUCUUUUUUCGACAAUAUUAUCAAUAUUAACAAGUGAUGAUUAUUCAGAUUGUCCAACACUUGUACAAUUAUUUCGUUUAAUAUAUACAUUAACUGUGCGACAAGAUACACGUUCGUUAAUAUUAAAACGUAUUCAAUUAACAUAUGAACCAUUAUGUUUUAUAUUUCAAUCUUGUAUUAAUAAGGAAUUACUUGAACAAUGUAGUUGUUUAUUACGUGUGCUAUUAGAUGAAUGUAAUUUAUUUGAACAUAACGAGCAAUCAGAAGUAUUUUAUUUAUUUUUAACAUCCAUUACAACAGCUACUAGUGCAUUAAUUGAAAAUGAAACAGUGACAGAAAAUAAUACAUUAGAAAAUCUAUUUAAUUGUCUACAAAUCUAUACGACGAAUGAGCAUUUUAUUGAUAUGUUAAAUGAACAUUGUCAAACAAUAAUGAAACUUACUGAAAAUAUUCUUAAUCGUUUAGUACACGAUGAUAUUGUACAAAUACGUAGUGUCUUAUUGUUAUCGUGCAUAUCGAUAUGUAAUUAUUUUCUUUAUAAACAUGGAUUAACAAUUGUUAAUAAAGAGUUAUUACAAUAUUUUAUUAUCAUUGGACAUACAUGUUAUAAAGAUAAGCAAAGACGUGAACAUCAAAAACAUGUGAUGCGUCGACAACGUUCAAGAACACAUUCGCAUUCAUCGAAUAAACGAAAAGAUGGAGAUGAAUUUGAUACAAAUGGAAAUACAGUUGAUGAUGACAGUUUAUCCAAAAGUCACCAUGCAGUAACAAAUGCCGAUUGGGAUGAUGACAUAGAAGUUCAAUCGACAACAAAAGUAGAAUUUGAUCGAUCAACAAGCGAAGAUUUAGCAACAACAUCAUAUACACUUGUCGAUGAACUUUUUCUUGAACUUUUCUAUCGUGGUGUUAAACAAGAUGCGUCUAAAUUAACGGACAAUAAUCCAUCUCUAUUUAAACAAUUGAGUCAAGAUCAGCGAGAAACAUUUAGAAAGAUUAUCAAACAUUUUUGCCAUUUAGAUAAACGUCUAGAUGACAUGCUUGACUUAUGA